CUUAGGAGAUAUUUUUGGUAUAAAAAGCUGAGAACGAGGUUUUGUUUACAUCCAAAAUAUCUAAAGAGUACUUCUGCAAAUAGGUCCAUAAAGAGAACUUCUGAAAUAAGGCAAGUUUUAUUGAGUUUUGUACUUGAUUAG